UAUACGUCUUUCGCUGGUUCAAGAUUUACCUGUUGUGUUGUCCGUAUGUUGCUAAUGUAAAUCUUUGGAAAAUACGACGGUAAUUUCCGGAUAGACCAUUAUCACUUUUUAAAGUCUGAUAUUGUUUGCGAUGCGGCCAUUGGACGAGGAGGCUUAGUCACUUCACUCCAGCCUAAUAUCCUAAUGGCAAAGGAAGAAUGUAUUAUACAGUGGAACAAAAGGGGGUACACUUCGGUGCUACGAAACAGGAAAACCCUCCCACCCACAGAGAAGAUCCUCCAAACCCCAUCCGCUCAAGUGACCAUGGGCAGAAACUGUCAAACUGCUGGACACCUGUCAGAAGAUGACAUGCAGUCCUCAAAUGGGGCAUCUACUCUGGAAGGAAGUUUCAGUAAUGAAUCCCUGAGCAAAGUGCUGCUGGUGCUAGUAGUGGGGCUGUCUUUCUCUACACGCCUAUACAAGAUAACAGAGCCCCCUCAUGUAUGCUGGGAUGAGACACACUUUGGGAAGAUGGGAAGUUACUACAUCAACAGGACCUUCUUCUUUGAUGUCCAUCCUCCUCUUGGAAAAAUGCUGAUAGGUCUUGCUGGUUACAUGACCGGCUAUGAUGGCACUUUUCCUUUCAUAAAGCCAGGAGAUAAAUAUGAACACCACAACUACUGGGGAAUGAGAGGGUUCUGUGCUGUGCUGGGCUCCUUUCUCCCAGUCUUUGCCUACCUCGUUGUGCUGGAGUUGUCUCAGUCUCACACUGGUGCUCUCAUCACUGCCAUCCUGCUCAUAUUUGACACUGGCUGCAUCACUGUAUCCCAGUACAUCCUGUUGGACCCUAUACUCAUGUUUUUCAUCAUGGCAGCAGUACUGAGCAUGGUCAAGUUCAACCAGCAGAGACACAGGCCUUUUACUUCUCCCUGGUGCCUGUGGCUGGUAUUGACUGGUGUAAACCUUGCUGGGGCUUUGGGGGUGAAGUUUGUGGGUCUGUUUGUCAUCAUGCUGGUGGGACUGAACACAGUCUGGGACCUCUGGAGGCUUCUUGGAGACCUGAGCCUCUCACUGGUGGACAUAGCCAUGCACUUCUUGGCUCGAGUUGUUGGACUUAUCCUGCUUCCACUCCUCCUCUAUGUUACAAUAUUUGCAGUCCACUUUUUUGUAUUGAACAAAAGUGGACCAGGAGAUGGUUUCUUUAGUUCUGCCUUUCAGUCACGGCUAAUUGGGAACAACUUACACAAUGCAUCCAUACCUGAGUACCUGGCAUAUGGCUCCAUUAUUACGGUGAAAAACCUCCGUAUUGCUGGAGGCUAUUUGCACUCUCACUUUCACUUAUACCCAGAGGGAGUGGGAGCGCGGCAGCAGCAGGUGACAGCCUACCUCCAUAAAGACUAUAACAACUUGUGGCUGGUGCACAGACAGGAUGACAGUAAAUAUCAAUCUGGGAACCCUGACCUAGUUCGUCAUGGUGACAUUAUUCGAUUGCAACACAAAGAAACAACUCGCAACCUUCACAGUCACCUACAUGAGGCUCCCUUGACCAAGAAACAUUUCCAGGUUACAGGCUAUGGCAUUAACGGCACAGGAGACACCAACGACCUGUGGCAGGUGGAGGUGUGUGGAGGUCGGAAGGGCGACCUGGUGAAGGUGCUGCGCAGCAAGGUCCGCUUUCUUCACCGAGCUACUGGCUGUGUGCUUUUCUCUUCUGGAAAAACUCUUCCAAAGUGGGGCUGGGAACAGGUGGAGGUGACCUGUAGUCCCUACUUGAAGGAGACUCCGAGCUCGCAGUGGAACAUUGAAGAUCAUAUCAAUCCCAAAUUGUCCAACAUUAGUUUGACUGUGCUGAAACCCAGUUUCCUGGAGAUCUUACUGGAGUCCCACAUUGUCAUGAUAAGGGGCAACAGUGGCUUGAAGCCCAAAGACAAUGAGAUGAACUCCAAACCUUGGCACUGGCCCAUCAACUACCAGGGACUGCGGUUUUCAGGAGUGAAUGAGUCAGAGUAUCGUGUUUAUUUGCUGGGGAACCCUGUGGUCUGGUGGAUGAACCUGGCCGGUUUGGGAUUGUAUCUUAUCAUGGUGGCAGUGGCUUCUAUAGCACUCCAAAGAGGUUUCUCAUUGGGCCACAGAAGAAGAGAGCAUUCACAUGUGCUUAUGAGAGGAGGAGUGCUGCUCCUUGGCUGGCUGCUUCACUAUGCACCUUUCUAUGCUAUGGGCCGUGUCCUCUACUAUCACCAUUACUUCCCUGCCAUGCUGUUCAGCAGCAUGUUAACAGGAAUUACAUUAGAUGUCCUGUUGAAAAGCACUGAUCUGCUGCUCCGACAACCUUACUCAGAUUGGCUGCAGAGAGUUGGGCAUGCAAUACUUCUGUUUAGUGUUCUAUACAGUUUCUGCCUGUUCCAUCCACUCUCCUAUGGCAUGACAGGUCCUCUGGCGCACGAGCCUGGCAGCGCCAUGGCUGGCCUGAAGUGGAUGGACUCCUGGGAGUUCUAGUCAGCUCUGCAUGAAGAUGACAAUGAUGUAAUCACAUAACUGUUCCGAGCGUGGGGGUCUAAAUUCAAUGUUGUGUGUCAUUGACAUGUUGUCUUACAGUGUUUUCACAGAGGAAAAAUUUCAUGAGGUACUGACUGUACAUGGUACUGUACUACCUGUCCAAAUGUUUGUGUCCCAGCAUUUCAAGUAUUGUAGUAAUAAAGAUAGAUUAAUAAGACAAAUGUGGAUCUGUGCAAUAUGAAAGCCAGGGAAGGCAUUGUAGCGUAUUUGAGAGUAAAGAUUUUGACACUAAACAUCACCAAGCUGCCUUGGCUAACAGCACAUAUUACAUCCUGGACUAUCUGCUAAAGUGCCUGAAAGGAACUAGUGAAAGCAAACCAGAAAGGUUUAAAUGCUGCAUCUCCUGCUCAUUGGUUUUAAAGAAAAUGCAUACAUUUAAGAAGCUAUCAGACUGUAUUUUUGUCUUGAUCUUAGUGCCCAGUGUUUUUGUUGUUUUCAGCUGAUAGUGCUGUUUAGUACUGGCUUCAGUUUUUACAUGACUGUUACUGAUUCUCACUGUCAUGUACAUUUUAGUGUGUUCAAUAAACUGUUAUUCUUGUA